UGGCGGGGCUGACGUGGCGGCCCCGGGUUAGCGAGCUCUAGCCGCUGCGUGAUAGGGGAGCGGAAGACCGGGCUUGGCCCUCCCUGCCCGGCCCCGGCGGCGGCGGCGUGAGCUGUAUAAAGCCGGCGGCAGGGAGAAUGUAAUGUCGUUAUGCGGAGGCCGCGGUGGCGGCAGCGGCGACCAAGACGGCGGGGAAGGCGGCGAGGGCUCCGAGGGCUCCGGUGGCAGCGGCGGCGGCUCCUCCAGCCCGGCCCCUACCGGCCCCGCGGGCCUUCUGUGCCAGCGUCUGCGCGGCGCCUCCCUGAUGGCCCGGCGGAGGCCCGAGUUGCUGUGUGGGGUCGUGGCGGUGGGCUGUGCGCUGCUCCUGGCCCUCAAGUUCACGUGCAGUCGUGCAAAAGAUGUGAUAAUACCAGCAAAACCACCAGUAAAUUUCUUCUCUUCAAGAUCUCCUGUCCUUGACCUCUUCCAAGGACAGUUGGACUAUGCAGAAUAUAUUCGUCGAGAUUCAGAAGUGGUCUUGUUGUUUUUCUAUGCUCCAUGGUGUGGACAAUCUAUUGCUGCAAAGGGAGAAAUUGAACAAGUAGCAAACAGGCUUGCAGACCAGGUGCUGUUUGUGGCAAUUAACUGUUGGUGGAACCAAGGGAAGUGCAGAAAACAGAAACAUUUCUUUUACUUUCCUGUAAUAUAUCUGUAUCAUCGGAGUUUUGGACCAAUUGAGUACAAAGGCCCCUUGCGUGCUGUUUACAUUGAGAAGUUUGUUCGCCAGGUGAUGAUGCCACUUCUCUACAUCCCCUCUCGGUCAGAAUUACUAGAUUUUCUCUCAAAUUAUGAGGUUUUGAGUUUGGGGGACUCUGAGAAUGUUUGUGUCCUUCGGGAAGCUGGUAUGGCAAAACUCUUUGGGAAAAAGCCUGGUGUACUUGGAUAUUUUGAGUUCAGUGGUUCUCCCCAGCCUCCUGGUUAUUUGACAUUCUUCACUUCAGCCUUACAUUCAUUAAAGAAAGAUUACCUAGGAACAUUACGCUUCGGUGUUAUCACAAAUAAACAUCUUGCCAAACUGGUGUCCUUGGUACACUCUGGAAGUGUGUAUUUACAUAGGCAUUUCAACACAUCACUUGUCUUUCCAAGAGAAGUAAUGAACUACACAGCUGAGAAUAUUUACAAAUGGGCUUUAGAAAAUCGAGAAAUGCUUGUUCAAUGGCUACGACCACAUGGAGGGAAAAGUCUUCUCCUGAAUAAUGAACUCAAGAAAGGACCAGCACUUUUUUUAUUUAUACCUUUUAAUCCCUUAGCUGAAAGUCAUCCUCUAUUAGAUGAGAUUACCGAAGUGGCCUUGGAAUACAACAACUGUAAUAAAAGUCAGGUAGUUGAACAACUACUUCAACACCUGAGACACGUGGAUUCAUCAACAUUGGAUUCUCUGGUAUCCAACCCCCCAAUCCAACUGGCAGAAUCAUCUUCAAUAACUGAGUCCCCCUGCUGCAAUACUGUGGUGCUUCCCCAGUGGCAUUCCAUCUCAAGAACCCACAAUGUCUGUGAGCUUUGUAUCAACCAGUCAACUGGGAUUAAGCCAAGUAAAGUCAAUGUGCCACAGUGCAGUUUUUUUGAGAUAGCAGCAGCUUUGGAUUCAUUCUACCUCAAGGAACGCACCUUCUAUCAAGUUACAUCAGAUAGCAUAGAAUGCAGCAAUUUUUUAAGUUUCUAUAGUCCUUUUAGCUACUACACUGCAUGUUGCAGGACCAUGAAUAGGGGCUUGAUGAGCUUCACUAAUUCCGAAGAGGAUAUCUUUCAGUCCCCUCCCAUCGCACUUUCUUCCCAUGAGAAGAAAUGUGAGGUUGAUAACCCAACUUCCGUUCCUCACAUUGAGGAGAGCCUCCCUCUCUUUCCUGAUGUUGACAUUAAUAGCACAAGUAUCACUGGCCUGAGCUGCAGGACCAACAAGACCUUGAACCUUUAUCUAUUGGAUUCAAAUUUGUUCUGGUUGUAUGCAGAAAGGCUGGGUGCAUCAAGUUCGACUCAGGUUAAAGAGUUUGCCGCUAUUGUGGAUGUAAAAGAAGAAUCUCAUUAUAUCUUGGACCCCACACAAGCUCUUGUAAAGCCCACUCUAGAGUCUUUUAUUCAGAACUUCAGCGUUCUCUACAGUCCAUUGAAAAGGCACCUUAUUGGAAGUGACACUGUCCAUUUUCCUUCUCAGCACAUAAUCUCUGAAGUAACAACGGAUACCUUUUGGGAGGUAGUCCUUAGAAAACAGGAUGUUUUAUUACUGUAUUAUGCCCGUUGGUGUGGGUUCUGUGCAUCUCUCAAUCAUGUUUUCAUCCAGCUUGCUCGUCUUCUGCCUCCAGAUAAAUUCACUGUGGCCAGGAUUGAUAUAGGUCAGAAUGAUCUUCCCUGGGAAUUUAUGGUUGACCAUCUCCCUACCAUUUUGUUUUUUCCAGGCAACAGGAAGGACUUGAGUGUGAAAUUUCCCGAGGACUCCGCCAUCACCCUUCCCAAUCUGCUGAAGUUCAUUCUGCGGUAUUCAGACCCCAUUUCCACCGGUGGGAGCUCCGCUGACCCCCAAACCAAAGAACGUCUUCAGAAUGAGGCAGUAUUACAGAAAGGACACAUAGCCCACUUAGAGAAAGAGAUUCAUAAAUUAAGAGCAGAAAUCACCACUCUUCAUCAGGCUCAAGCCCAAGUGGAAUCCCAACUUUCAGAUGCCAGAAGAGAUAAACACAGACUGCAAAAGCAAAAACAAACACUGGAAAAGCAACAUAGUGUUCUUCAGCUCCACAGUGAGCAGUUAGAAGCUCUCUAUGAGCAGAAAACCAGAGAGCUGGAGGAGAUGGCAGUGAAGCUUCAAGAACUAGCAGAUGCGUCAGAAAACCUUUUAACAGAAAACGCUUUACUGAAAAUCUUGGUAGCAACAAUGGAAGGAAAAUUAGAAAAUGAAGAAUCUGAAAAAUCUAAUACUCUGCGAGAGACACUGUCUCAUGAAACUGAAAUCCAGUCACGGGACAACACAAAACUUGCCACUAAUAUGAGUUCUCCUAUGGCUUCUGAACAGAAUAAUGAAAAUAGGACAGAUUGAUUUUUAAGAUUAUAUGAAAAAAUCAGAUGGGACAGUUGUAUACUGGGAAGAUAAUUUAUGCAAAUUUUAUUGAAAUUCAUUGUAAAUAAAAAUUUUUCUCAGUGGUCUAGAAAA